CAUAAGUGAGACACAAGCAGCUAAGUCUUUUUACUCAUUCUUUGAUUUUGCUUUGCUUUUCUACUGCAAAGUGAGCACAUUCUUCUUCAAUCUUCACAAUUCUGAAAGCAAUGGCAGGACGUUCCUACAGCUCCUUCUUGAUUGCCAUCUCUCUGCUUGUUUUGGUUACAUUCUCUAGUGUGGCAGAGGCUUAUGGAAGUGCAAAACUUCGUCCUUCAGAUUGUAAACCAAAGUGCACAUACCGUUGCUCUGCAACUUCACACAAGAAGCCAUGCAUGUUUUUCUGCCAAAAGUGCUGCGCCAAAUGCCUCUGCGUUCCUCCUGGUGUGUAUGGCAACAAGGAAGUCUGCCCUUGCUACAACAGCUGGAAGACCAAGGAAGGAGGGCCCAAAUGCCCUUGAUUAAUAAUUAUAGCCCUUAAUUUCAUCAUUUCAUAUAUAAUAAAUAUUGACAAUUAUGUUUGGAUCAGGUUCAUUUUCAUUAGUAUCAAUUUUAAAAUUCAGAAAGUACCCGCUUUUAUGGGGAAUUGAUUCUGUUUUUAGAAUCAAUUGUAUAAGUUUUCCAUAGCUGCAUUAUACUGUGUAAUCGUAUAUUUCUCCAAGAAUUGAUUAUGUUCUCUACAUGUAUGCGCAAUGCUAUUGUGUAGUAAUAGGACGAGUGGAAUCCAGUUAUGUUUACUUUA